UGUGAGCAUCCGUAGGGGGGUCUGUAGGGGCUGUAUCUAUAGGGGGGUCUAUAGGGGCUAUGAGUGCCUAUGGGGGGGCAGAGGUGUCUAUAGGGUCUUUGAGUGUCUGUAGGGAGGGAGAGGUGUCUGUGGGUGGACAGGGGUGUCUAUAGGGGCUGUGAGUGUCUAUGGAGGGGUCUAUAGGGGCUGUGAGUGCCUAUAGGGGCUAUGGGUGCCUAUAGGGGGGUCUAUGGGGGCUUUUUUUUUUGUUUUUUGAGGCUUUUUCCCUCUUUUCCACAGCUUUUCCUGGACGACACCAAAGUCAAGAACUUCAUCACCUGCUUCAAAGACGUCGCCUUCCUCUCCUUCUUCUUCAAGAGGCUGGAGCCCAACCGGAGCGGUCGUUACGAGGAGGAAUUCCCUUUCCUCUCUCCCUGCGGGGGGGAACGCAAUUUCCUCCGCUGCGAAGAUCGACCCAUCGUCUUCACCCACCUCCUGACCCCCCCAAACCCCCCCCAAACCACCCCCCCAAACUCCGGUAGCCACGGUGGCCACCCCCCCAAAUGGCUCCUUUCCUACUGCGGGGGUGGUCACCGUUUGGUUGUCCCCUUCCAACCCCAGAGCUUGGUGAUGCUGCCGGAAAACGGGCGGCUUUAUCACCCGGCGCCGGCCAAAACCGGGGGGGUGGGUUUGGUACGUUCGGCUCUGGCUUUGGAGUGGAGCCCCAAUUUUGAGUUCGGGGGGGGCCCCACGCAGCCCCCCACUCAUUUCUUAUGGGAAGGGCAGCGGUACCGGCUCACCGAGGAGCUGCUGCCCCUGCUGAGGGGGGGGGAGGAGGUGGAUGUCCCCCUCGCCCCACGGCAGGGGUGAGUUGGGGACCCCCCCAAAC